AUAACAUCAUUCAUAGAGAAUCUGGUCACUUUUAAGAGAUUUCAUCCCUUGUUCCUCAAAAUAUUGUUUUACCAGUUUGUAGCAAUUGGGAAUUUGGUAUGGCUAUCGUAGAUUUGUUCUGCUUCCUCUUGUUUUAUCACCUUGUACUCAUCCUCUGUGCUGGUUAUGGAUAUGGACACCAAGGUUGUCCACAUUCCUUUACCUGUGGCCAUCUUGGGUCUUUUCAUUACCCUUUUACCAAGGCAGAACAACCAGACUGUGGCUUGAUACCUAUACAUGAUUGUGAUAAUUCUCAGUCAAUCCAAAAAAAGAUCCAGCUGGAGAAAAAUGGAAAACACUUUGUGCUUACAGGCAUCACUCAGCAGGAUGGGAUUUCAAUUUCAGAUGAAGAUUUGCACAAGCGUUUACAAAACAACAUCUGUGACACUUUGAAUAAUAGCUAUAGUCUUUCAUCCCAUUCUUCUUUAUACUCUUGUUAUAUAAAAUAUAAUGUAACACUGUUCCGAUGCAAACAUGGCCUCAGUAUGAAACCCCCGGCACAUUAUUUCAAUCACUCCUGCCCUGAGUAUGAUUAUGAUAUCUAUUAUGACAGCCUUUCCUUCCUUAAUAAUGAUGAGGCUCAUAAACUUUUCUCAUCAUGCUCGGUUCUUACGUUAGCAAAAAAGGACAAGCCUGAUACCACAGACAUUCUAUCGUUUGUAUCUGCUCAGAUGGUUGUUCAAGUACUAUUAUCUAAGGAUUGUGAUGACUGCUAUAAUCACAGAGGAGGUCAAUGUCGUCUUGACCGCGAUCAACAGUUCUACUGUCACGAAGAGCCAAAGAAUAAGAGUAAAACUUUGAAGCUGGUACUUGGACUCGUAACAGGUUUAUGCGUGAUAUUAUUAGCCAUGGUGCUAAUUGGAUGCCUUAUAUUUAGACGAAAAUGCACUCCUUCAGACCCCCAACACCAAUCGAGAAACGCGGACACCGAUUCAAUUGGUCCCAGCUCAAAUUCAGACCCCGAAAAUUGCAGGUUCUACUACGGAGUCCCUCUCUUCUCUUACAAGGAGCUUAAAGAAGCCACAUACAAUUUCCACCACGCCAGACAACUUGGAAGUGGAGGCUUUGGAACCGUUUACUAUGGAAAACUGCGAGAUGGACGAGAAGUUGCCAUCAAGCGUCUCUAUGAGCACAACUACAGGCGCGUUGAACAGUUCAUGAACGAAGUUCACAUCCUCACUCGCUUGCGCCACACAAAUCUGGUGUCCCUCUAUGGCUGCACUUCACAUCGCAGUCGUGAACUACUGCUCGUGUACGAACACGUCCCGAAUGGCACUGUUGCUUGCCAUCUCCACGGUGAUUUUGCAAGGCCACGCACUCUUCCAUGGCACAUAAGAAUGAAAAUUGCCAUAGAGACCGCAAGUGCAUUGUGUUAUCUCCAUGCUUCUGACAUCGUCCACCGUGAUGUCAAAACCAAAAACAUUCUCCUUACCCAAAGCUUCAGUGUUAAGGUUGCUGACUUUGGUCUUUCAAGGCUGUUCCCGAACGAUGUCACGCAUGUCUCCACUGCUCCACUAGGGACCCCAGGUUACCUUGACCCGGAAUAUCACCAAUGCUACCAGCUUACAAACAAGAGUGAUGUGUUUAGUUUUGGGGUUGUGCUUAUUGAACUGAUAUCUUCUAUGGCAGCUGUUGAUAUGAGCAGGCAUAGGGAUGAGAUAAACUUGUCUAACUUGGCAAUAAAGAAGAUUCAGCAAAGUGCAUUCAGUGAGCUGGUUGAUCCUUCUCUUGGUUUUGAUUCGGACAGUGAGGUAAAGAGGAUGAUGAUUUCAGUGGCAGAAUUGGCCUUUCAGUGUUUGCAACGAGACAAAGAUUUGAGACCCUCAAUGGAUGAGGUUUUGAAGGUGCUGAUGAGAAUUGAAAGUGGGAGGGAUGAAGAACAUUUACUUCCACCCUCUCUACCUUCACCAGAUUGGGAAGAUAAUGGAUUAUUGAAAAAGAUGAUUGUUCAACCUUCACCUAAAGCCGUCACUGAUACAUGGCACAGUGAAUCUACUGCUUCUAAUGCCAGUGCUUAAUCUUGACGCACUGGUCAUUCUAAAUGAGUUUUAUAUAAAAUUCAUGGCAGUAAUCUUUUAUUUUGGAAUUUUCUAUAUCAAGUAUAAAAGCAACAUAAA